UGCACGGGAUGAAGCCAUGAUUUCUAGCUCAUUAAUAGCUGUCUUGGGUUUCUUUUUACUUUAUAAAAAGAAAGUAAGCUGUUUAUUUUUUUAAUCAAGUAUUAUGUGAUGCAUGCUCAUUAAUCACAAAAGGAUGUAUUCUUUAGUAUUAAAUUACUUAAGAGAUUCACUCUUAUCUGAUCUUCAUUCCAAAGUCAUGAGUCAGCAACCAAAAAGCAGAUUUGCAGCCUUUCUUAUCUUGGAGCUUUCACUGCUGUUCUUCUGCAGGAUUGGGUUCUUUUCAUAGUCUCAAUACAGACUUACAUAAUUGCUCACUGUGUAAAUUUCAAACCUUUUCUUGCAAAGCCAGUGUUACUGGUGACUGUCCCUAACCAUGGGCAGGGCUUGGCUGUCUUUUGAUGAUCUUUUUGUGUGUGUGUGAUUGUGCCUUGUGAGUUCAAAUUUCUUCCUUACCCCAGGCUGUUACAUCCUAUUCUAGUGGCUUAAAUCAAAGAAAAAGAAAGCUGUAGAAUACAGACCUCACCCCUACAACAAAAGUGGGUCACAGAGCUGGGGCAAAGCUCACACCAUGGUGGCAUAAAAGAAACACCUUUUACUGGAGAAGUGUUCCUAAACCUGAAGUGUCUGUGCUGCCUGCUGAAAUCCAUACAUCAAAUACCCCAGGCUUGCCUAGAAGGCAGCUGCAGAUUUGAGUUUAUAAACUACUGUAAGUGAGGAAGUCAUGCAGAGAUCUAGAAGUAAUAGUUCUGGCAUUAAUUGUUCCUCACAGCCAAUGCAUUUUGCCAGAGUGUGAAGAUGCUGUGUCUCAAACAGCAAUGUCGUUUGUUUAAAACACUGCAACUGGAAAUAGCUGUGGAGCCCUGAUUUUGACCACAAUUGUGGGCAGAUACUUGUAGUAAAAUACUUUGCAUUUUGGGGCAUACUACUCCUUGUAUAGUGAGUCUCACUAAAGUAUGAUUCUCUGAUUGCUAAUCCUUCGUGUCUUGGAUGGAGGUUUUUGUCCUGCAUGGAAAAAGAAUAGAGUGGCACAGGACAAAUCAAACUCUCAAGAACAUCAAAGAAUGUUGACCUGCAAAGGCCUGCAGGAUGUUGCAGGAGGUCAGAGCAGCACUGGGGCAGCAGAUUACAAACAUACCAUUCAGAUUAGGGAAUUAGGAAAUUGUGAGAUUUCCCUUCAGUCUCACUGGGGGCUUUUAUUGAGACCUUUUCUAUCAGAAUAUUCCUUUUUUUGACCCCUCAAGGAAAAUUGUUGAAGUAAAAGGAGCAGCUUUGUAUUUUCAAUGCAAUUUUGGGGAUUUCAGAACAGUCACAGCACUUCGGCCUCCUCAGUGUGAGAAAUGAGGUAUUGUGGUUUAAAACAAUAACGGGACAUUCACGACACCAAACUGCAGACUCAUAAUUGAAUCAAUUAAAUUGGAUGCUUAGUCUCUUUAGGCUCUGUCUACCAGAGGAGAAAUGUGCCUGCUCUUCAAGCACCCUCUAAAAAUAAUGUAGGCCUGGGAAGCUCAGUCACCUCUGGCAAGUCUUUUACUUCAUUAAGAGAAAAAAAAUAGGUGUGUGCUUAGGCAAACAAAUAACUUAAAGUUUGGGUAAGGCAGGAUUAAAAGUGGUAAUGGAAAAAUCUCACCUGUCAGAAGUUUUGUUCUUUCUUUAAAUAAAAAGCAAACGAAGUUCUUUUUCAAAUUAAGAAAGAGUAAUUUAGGAGUCAAACUAAGGCAAAGAAAAGCGCUUGUUUUUACCCCCAAAUAAAUGAGAUUUCAAGGAUACUGCUUGUGUAAGGUUUUUUUGUUUGUUUGUUUUCCCCAGCCUGAUGGAAAUCUGAACAAAUAUAAGCCAAAUAGCCCACACAUAUGUGAAAACUCUGUUAGCUGAGUAUUAAGGAAUGACUUUGAACUGUAGUAUAAGAGGAGGUAAACAUUUUCUCAUUUUUACCUCGGUUAAUUUACAGAUGAGGCACAUGCAACCUGUAGAAGCUCAUCUUUCCACCAAACCACUGACCUUCAUCCAUGGCCUAAGAGAAAGAAUCCCUACAGAAAUCAUUCUGAGCAUGUGAUGCCAAGCUGGGAAACUCCAGAAUUUCGUCAUCGAUUCAGACAGGUUUUUGCAAACUUGCCUUGGCCACAGUCACUUAGAAGCAGAAUCCUCCAUUUAAUGCAGAUGUGUAGAAGGUUCCAAAAGGGUUUAUGAAUGCAAAAUGAAGCUGCUCUUCCUAAGCUGCUUGCUGGUUUCUUGCUGUUGCCAAGCUGGAGCAGUGAACAGGGAGUACUACAUCGGCAUUACUGAGACAGUGUGGAACUAUGCACCUGGCAAUACCAACAUCAUAUCAGGACAGCUUUUUGCAGAAGAAGAGAAAGCUGGAGUCUUUCUCGAAAGAGGACCACACAGGAUAGGAAGCACUUACAAAAAGGCUGUCUACACUCAGUACACCAACCAUUUAUAUGAUGUGAUAGUUGACAAACCUUCCUGGCUGGGUUUUUUAGGCCCUAUCAUUAAGGGAGAAGUUGGAGAUUCCAUUAUUAUUCACUUGAAAAACUUUGCUUCCAGAAGAUACACGCUGCAUCCACAUGGUGUAAGAUACACAAAGGAAAAUGAAGGUGCUUUUUAUCCUGACGCCACGAAAGAUUUGCAAAAGAGGGAUGAUGCUGUGGAGCCUGGGGGCCAGUACACUUAUACGUGGGAUGUGACAGAAGAUCAAGGUCCAGCCGAGGGGGAUGCAGACUGCAUCACUAGAGUUUACCACUCCCACAUAGAUGCUCCAAGAGAUGUUGCCUCAGGACUUGUUGGGCCUUUAAUAAUUUGCAGGAAAGAUACACUGAAUAAGGACAGUGAUAAACACUUUGAUGCUGAAUUUAUCCUUAUGUUUUCUGUGAUGGAUGAGAAUCUGAGUUGGUACCUAGAGGACAAUAUCAGGACAUACUGUUCUGAGCCUUCCAAAGUUGACAAAGAUGACGAGGACUUCCAGGAAAGCAAUAAAAUGCACUCAAUCAACGGGUACAUGUAUGGAUACCUCCCAAACCUCACAAUGUGUGUAGAAGAUAAGGUAAAAUGGCAUCUUUUUGGCAUGGGAAAUGAAGCUGACAUCCAUUCAGCCUACUUUCAUGGACAGACCUUAAUAGAAAGGCAUCAUCGAGUUGACACCAUCAACCUCUUCCCAGCCACAUUUGUUGAUGCUGUGAUGAUACCAAGGAGUCCUGGGGAAUGGCUGCUCAGCUGCCAAGUGAAUGACCAUAUCGAAGGUGGUAUGCAGGCACUUUUUCAAAUAAAAGAUUGUGGGAAACCCACAAAAGAUCACAAUGAGAGUGUAAAGAUAAGACAGUACUUUAUUGCUGCUGAAGAGAUCAUCUGGAAUUAUGGCCCAUCUGGAAUCAACCAGUUUACAGGACAAGAAUUAAUUACCGAUAGUGAAUCUCACGUAUUUUUUGAACAAAGUGAGACAAGAAUUGGUGGCUCUUAUAAAAAAGCCAUUUACAAAGAAUACACAGACGAAUCGUUCACUGAACAUAAAAAAAGACUCUCAGAGGAAGCACAUCUUGGACUCUUAGGACCUGUUAUCAAGGCUGAAGUGGGUGAGAGUAUCAGGGUGACGUUCCGAAACAACGCAAGCCGCCCGUUCAGCAUUCAGCCCCACGGCGUGAGCUACCGCAAAAGCGAGGAGGGGGCGUCGUACGACACGGCCCCCAGAGGUACUGAAUCUCCAGCCUCUCGUGUGCUUCCUGGUGCUACGUUCACAUAUGAGUGGAAUGUCCCAGAACAUGUGGGCCCCACAGACCAAGAUCCAGACUGUUUAACCUGGCUUUACUACUCAGCUGUGGAUGCAGUCAGAGACACCAGUUCUGGCCUCGUGGGUCCUCUCCUGGUGUGCAAGAAAGGAGCUCUGCUUCCUUCUGGGAAACAGAAAAACGUGAACAUGGAGUUUUUUCUACUUGCCACAGUAUUUGAUGAGAAUCUGAGCUGGUACUUGGAUGACAAUAUUUUGAUGUUUACACUAAAUCCUAAUGCAAUUGACAAAGAUGAUGAAGACUUCCAGGAGUCUAACAAAAUGCACUCUGUUAACGGUUACAUGUACGGAAAUCAGCCUGGCCUUGAGAUGUGUAAAGGAAGCGUGGUGUCCUGGCAUUUGAUGGGCUUGGGGUCAGAAGUUGAUGUCCAUGGGAUAUACUUUUCAGGAAACACAUUUGUAACAAAAGGAACGAGAAGGGACACAGCAAAUCUGUUUCCACAUACGUUUCUUACAGCCAUUAUGGAGCCUGAUUCCGAAGGAGUUUUUGAAGUAUCCUGCCUGACAACAGAUCAUUACACAGGGGGCAUGAAACAGAACUACAACGUGAAAAAAUGCCACUGGUGGAAUGUGGAUCCAUCUAUGUAUGUGCAUGAAAAGACUUACUAUAUUGCUGCAGUGGAAGUUGAAUGGGACUAUUCUCCCAACAGGACAUGGGAAUUUGAGCGGCAUCAACACUUUGAGGAAAGUCCUGGCAACUCAUUUUUAAAUAAAGACAACAAAUUCAUUGGCUCAAAAUACAGAAAGGUUGUAUAUCGGGAGUACACUGAUCAGACAUUCAGUACUCCCAAAACCAGAGCAGAGGAGCAGCAGCACCUGGAAAUUCAAGGGCCACUGCUUAUGUCAAAUACUGGAGAUAAAAUCAAAAUAGUUUUUAAGAACUUGGCAUCAAGACCUUACUCUAUACAUGCCCAUGGAGUGAAAACAGACAGUUCUGUUGUUGCUGUAACUAACCCAGGUGAAACAAAAGUGUACAUCUGGAAAAUCCCAGAGAGAUCUAGUUCUGGGAGAGGAGACCCAAAUUGUAUUGCAUGGGCAUACCAUUCAACAGUGGACAUCAUUAAGGACACUUACAGUGGAUUAAUAGGCACACUUGUUGUGUGUCGUAGACAUUAUUUGCCAUCAUUUCAUACCAAAAAGCAAGUUCAAUUUGCUCUUCUUUUUAUGGUUUUUGAUGAAAAUGAGUCAUGGUACUUGGAUGAAAACAUUAAAACCUACUCUACCAACCCGCACCUUGUUGACAAAGAGGAUGAUGAAUUCCUUGAAAGUAAUAAAAUGCAUGCCAUUAAUGGAAAGGUGUUUGGGAAUUUACAUGGUCUGACUAUGCAUGUUGGAGAUGAAGUAAGCUGGUAUUUGAUGGGGAUGGGCAAUGAAGUAGACAUUCACACAGCACACUUCCAUGGCCAUAGCUUUGAGUAUAAGCAAACUGGGGUUUACCAGGCAGAUGUCUUUGAUCUGUUCCCUGGGACAUUUCAGACUGUGGAAAUGACCCCGCAGAACCCUGGAACCUGGCUGCUGCACUGUCACGUCACUGACCACAUCCACGCGGGCAUGGAAACAACCUACACAGUGCUCCCAAAGAAAGACAAAUGAUCUUUGUUACCAAGAUUAUUCUGUCAGUUCAAGUGUGAAGGUAUGGCAGGCACAUCAGAAUGAUGAAAACAUCCUACCAAAGCGAUUCUCCAAGGUCUACCUAGCUUCAGUGAAGUAUUCAUUGAGAAAUACUAUCUCCUGGACAAUUCAUCUCCAUGUGUAUUUUGGAAGAUUUCAUUUGGUGGCCCACAGCUAACAAAAGGGCCAUAGAUUAAGACAGAUGAAUGAACGUUAACAGCUUACAAUUAUCUUUUACUCUAAAUAAAAACAGUAUAUUGCAAGGUGAACAUA